UGUGUGUGUGUGUGUAUUUGUGUGUGUGUGUCAACCCACGGCUGCCUCAGCUUCCACAGCAAGCAUUCAUCCUCCACAACAGAACAUCCCAUCAGGACUACCGAGACAAGCUGGACGACCCUCAUGGACUUCUCUAUUAGAGCUGCUAACGUGGACGACUGCAAGGAUGUGGCGCGGAUGAAUCUGGAGCUGGCCGAGUAUGAGAAGACAUCAGAGCAGGUGACAAUCACACAGCGAGACUUGGAACAAGACGGCUUCUCCAAGAACCCAUUCUUCCACUGCGUCAUCGCUGAGGUGCCACAGCAGCACAAAAGUAAAGACGGUCACACCAAGAUUGGCUUUGCACUUUACUUCUACUCAUACAGCGCGUGGCGGGGGAGGGCCGUUUACAUGGAGGACUUGUACGUCAUGCCGGAAUUCCGAGGGAAAGGUGUGGGUAAAGCGCUAAUGAGCAAGGUAGCACAGUUAGCAUUAACGCGACGUGUUGACGCCCUGCAGCUGGGCCUGGCUGCAGGCUGCACUCAGCUCAACUUCACCGUGCUGCACACCAACCGGUCCUCAGUGGACUUUUACCUGCGGCGAGGCUGCUCGGACGUGACGUCUGAGAUGGGCUACCACUUCAUGUCGUGCGGCGGGGACGCCAUGCGGCAGCUGGCCCAGCCCUGACAGCUGCCCCUUGACCUCUGCAGGUGGAGACAAUCCAAUUGAGCCCUGAUGUUUUCUGUUAAGGAUACAGUUCACCUUAAGCAACUUCUUUCUUAGUUACUCUUGCUAAAUGACACAUAUGCAAAUGUAACAUAUUUAAUUAGCAUUCUAAUUUCAUGUAAACAUUGUUUUUUAAGGCUGCUAAGCCAACGCUGCUAGUUGGAGAUGAAAGCCAUCACACUACACCGCGUUCCAAAUUCUUAUUCUUAUGCAACGGAUAUUUUUCUCUGAUUAGUCGCGAUAAAUGACAGUCGUCAUCAUUUUCAAGUCAUCGACCUUUAGAGUACAAUUUGAAAGUUAUUGACCCCCCCCCCCCCCAUGAUAACAGUAUUUUUUUCGAAAAAAUAAAAACUUUACAUGCAUUGUUCCACAUGAUUAUGCGCAACAGAGUUUCAAAGAAUUUCAACCGAAAAUGGUCAUUUGUUGAAUUUGCAGCAUCAGGGGGUCAUAUUUACUGAAAGUAAUAUCUAUUUUAAUCACUAACAUUUGCACAGGGCAGGUUACAUGUUGACAUAAGAGCCCUUCUUGGAUAUAACCUUCACAAUUCUUACAUUGAACUUGUGAGUUUUCGGAGCGUUUCUGCUUGAAUUUCUUUGCCAGAUGCCAGAAUAGCCUCCCACAGCUGCUGUUCUGUUGUGAUCUGCCCCUCACCCUCACAGAUUUUUUUGCUCGCUUGCUUGAUUUUUUGCUCCAUAGGUUCUCAAUUGGGUUGAGGUCGGGGGAAAAAGGGGGGCCAAACCAUCAGUUUCUCUCCUUUUAUGCCCACAACAGCCAACGACAGAGAGGUAGGUAUUCUUUGCAUCAUGAGAUGGUGCCUUGUCAUGCAUGAAGGUCAUUUUGUGAGAGAACGUACAGUUCUUCAUAUUGUGCCGUGGAAGAAAGCGGUCAGUCUGAAACUCUACAUACUUUGCUGAGGUCAUUUUCACACCUUCAAUGACAAUAAAAGGGCCUACCAGCUUUCUCCCAAUGAUUCUGAUCCAAAACAUGUCUCAGCUACCCCCUUGCUGACAUCACAGCCCGGCUGUCAUCUGAAUCAGCCACAAAUUUCUUCACCGUACUAACGACUGUUUUCAUGCCUUGUCCAAAGCACUGCAACAUUUGACGCUUCUUUGUCAGCAGAGAGAUCCUUUUCCUUUCCCUUAUUGCUUGAAAUCUGUGGCAUGCUUAAUCAUGUGGAACAUCAUUUUUAAGUAGUUUUCUUUUAACUGGCCUCACCUGGCAAACUAAUUAUGACAGUUGUCCCAGAUUGAGAUCAGUAAUCAAAAGAGCCCCAAGACACAAUGCCACCUGUGAAUUUAAUUGAAAAACAAGACAUUUUAUGUUUAUAAGAUGCGAAAAUCCUAUUUGCGUAAUAAUUUGGAACACAGUGUAUAAGGCAGGGGUGUCCAAGCUGUGAUUCAUGUUGUACAUUAAAGAGGCUAAAACCAGUCCAAUGUAGGCCAAUACAUUUUAAGCUAUAUAUCUCAUUAAUAGUGAAUUUCUUAUUUCAAGAAUAUGAAAAUGGCCCCCAGACUGUAUGUUGGAUGCCUCUGCUGUCCAAAAGUGUACUUGUGGAAAUUCAUGUUUUUCUGGGGUAUUAAUUUCAUGAUUUUUGUUUUGUUUUGUCUCUUAUUAUUUUGAGGGCAAUGAUAGCGUAAACAUGCACAAAUGACUACUUUAAUUUAUAUGUCAAAAUUGUCUUCCAAAUGAAUAAAAGGUUGCGUUGU